AAUCACGUGACUUUUUGCCUACCAAAUCUCUUCCGGUUUCCAAGUGACGGGCAAACGAUUAUAAACAAACAUGGCCGAGAACGCGCACGUGAGUGACCUUGAUACUUCAAUGCAAGAAAACACUCUUUCCGAGUACACUAAAACUCUAGACCCAAAGACAAAACGUAGAUACGUCGACAAAAUAUCUCUUUGCGAUGGAAUCGAUCCUUAUAUGAUGAAAUCGAAAGAGUUUUCACAAGAUUUUAACGAUCUACCUGCUAUCGAGUUUCCCGACAUUUCGAACUACUUGGUAAUCCAUACCUCGUUUUACACGGGAAAACAAAUGAAAGCCUUUAAAAGUCUCGAGGCCUAUAAUUAUUUUGUUUGUGGAUGGGUCCAUGAUGUUGGCAUUAAGAUCSUUAAAGACGAAAACCGACUGAUAUUUGCAAGGGUCAACCACUCACAGAGAUCAACACAAACUCCAUUGAAGACUUGGGUAAUUGCAAAGAAAGAUGGUGAAGUAAUGACAGCCCAUUGCAACUGCAUGGCCGGGCUAGCAGAAUCCUGCUCACAUAUUGGAGCUGUCCUUUAUUACGCAGRAACAGCUGUUCGCAUGCGAGAGUCUGUCACCUGCACUAUGGAAAAAAGCAAAUGGUUGAUGCCAUCAAGAGCAAAAAAGAUAAAUCCAGCACCAGUAUCUGAUAUUGACUUCAGCUCCGCAAAGGCCAAGAAACACAAACUAGAGCAUGCAAUCAGCUGUGGAACACCAAAUGCUACCCCAUCUACUAGACACAACAAAUAUCCAUUAGUUGUUGCUGGGUCAGAAGAACAUGAAAAUUUCUUUAAAUUGUUAAAUACUAACUUUCCAAAUAGUGCUGCACUGAUGUUUAAACAGCCCUAUUACACAAGAUUUAUCCCAAAAUCAUCCACAACAGCAAUGCCCAAGAGCAUUAUGUCAUACAGGACUGAUGCAUCUUUAGAACUUUGUGACGACAAGUUAACAGAAGAAUGCAAAAAACUGAAUGUGGUGCUAACUCAACAAGAAGCUAACCUAAUUGAAGCUGAAACAAGAAAACAAGCAAAGUCCAAUAUAUGGUUCUCACAAAGAGCAGGCCGUUUAACAGCAUCAAAACUCAAAGCAGCCCUAAAGACAAAUCCUGACAAACCAUCAAAAAGUCUUGUGAAAAGUAUUUGUUAUCCUGAAGCUUACAGAUUUACAAGCAGUGCUACCAGUUAUGGCKGUAAACAUGAGUGCCAUGCACGAAAGAAGUACGAGGAGCUAAUGUCAAGUCAACAUGAGAGCUUCACUGUUAGUGAUAGUGGUUUGAGAAUACAUACUAAUUGGCCACACCUGGGUGCCUCUCCUGAUGGGGUUGUAAUCUGCAAGUGCUGUGGAAAUGGAGCUUGUGAAAUCAAGUGUCCUUACUGCCAGAAAGACAAAGAAAAUAUUGAGAGUUGUCUUGGUGAGAAGGGUUUUUGUCUGAUUAAGACUGACAAUGGCCAAAUGCAACUAGACAGGAGUCACGCCUAUUAUUAUCAMGUGCAAGCACAGAUUAACAUCAUGGAAUGUGAAUAUUGUGACUUUAUAGUUUGGAUCAAAAAUGAUAUCUUUAUUGAGAGAAUUGAGCCAGAUCCUUYCUUUUGGGAAAAUAUAUUACCAAAAGCAGAGGUCUUUUUUAGGAAGUGUAUUCUACCUGAAGUGUUAGGGCAAUAUUUCACAAAGYAAAUGGUACCCACUUUAAAGCAAUYAAAUAGACAAAUAUAA